GCUACACAUAAGUACUGAUAGUAAUAUAAUAGUUCAGCAUCUGUGUCCUUCAAGAUAAAAAUAACCCGCACGGAGGAGAACAAAAUCUAUAACAACGUUUCGGACUCCUGGGAAGCAGGACUCAAUAAGGUGCAAGUUUCAGGGUCUCUUAACAACGCCAACAACAACAAGUAGAUGUUUUCCUUCACCCUGGACAUGGUGUGAAAAAUUGUAUUUAUCAGAAGGAGAAGGAACCACUAAGCAACCUGCAUGUAUCCUGAAGAAGGUGGUGGCAGAAUCUGUGUACAGGAGGGUUAGUCAUCCAGGAUAACCCAAGAAAGUCAGUGUGCCAUCGAGGACUGUCUUGUUUUAUUUCCAUUGUGGACCUUCAGUCUUGUGCCCCAGGAUGCGAUCCACACCAGUCAACUAAAACCCAGGUGAUUAACUCUCAUCAGCAGUAUGAGCACCAGUGAGGAAUGGAAUGAGAAUCUCGACAAUAUCGACUACUUAAUCAGCUGCAUGGGAACUUUGGAAAGAGAAGAUGUGAUUUAUUUGGAAGAUUAUUUAGUUGGGGAUGAGAGCCCCAACUCAUUGUCACCAAGUUACUGGUCUUUAACAAAAGAAAAAGAUGAGGUCAGUUUGUCUAAAUCCCGUACACAUGAUGCUGGUGACGGAGGUGGAGGAAGUUUAUUUAAACAAAUAGGGGUGAUGAAUUGGAGAAUCCUGAUGAUCCUGAGCCUGUAGCAAACAUGGACAGGAAUGACUCUGGUGAUACUACACUGAGAACUUUACCUCAAACAAGAUCAACCAGAGGAGUUACCAAACCCAAGUUUGUUACUUAUGAAUCUUUUCCUGCAGUCAAAGAAAAACCAUUCAUAUGUGAGCUAUGUGGCUUGAGACUGGCCACCCGAGAGAGCAGGAGACGACACAUUCUUGCAAAGCACAUUAAGGAACGAACCAACUUCUGCAGCGUCUGUGGUAAAACCUUCAUUUUCAAAUUUGCUUUAAAAGCCCACAAAGCAGUACACUCUGAUACACCAAACUUCAUUUGUGUGUGUGGCAUGUCCUUCACAGUACGGGCCUCUUACAUGGACCACAUCAAGAGGAUACACAGGGCUGCAUCAGAGAUCAAAUACCUUUGUGAACUCUGCUUCAAAUCAUUUGGAGACCGCCAUACUCUUCGCCUCCAUUUGAUAUCAGUACACAAACCCAAGACAAUACCUUGCAUACAAAGUGGUUGUGAUAAAGUCUUUUCAACUAUUGGACUUAUGAGGUCACAUUAUAGGUAUCAUCUGAAGCAGAGAUUUACAUGUGAUGAAUGUGGCCAGAGCUUCUCUACUGAAUCUUACAUGUACAAACAUCGUCUCACUCACUCAGGUAUUCGUCCCCAUGUGUGUGUAGACUGUGGCAAGACUUACCUGAGCGUGUCUCACCUGAACAAACAUAGGCGUGCUGCUCAUUCCUCGAAUAGACCUUUCCAGUGUUCCUUUUGUGGCAAAUGUUACAAAACUAAGGACCAGCUAACCUUUCAUGAAAGUAGUCACAAAGGUGAAAAACCGUUUCAUUGUGAUAUAUGUGGGUAUGCAACUGCUUAUAGGAACACAUUGUAUACCCAUAAGAAGAAGCAUCAUUUAAGUUCAACAAAUGGAGUUCAUCUGACUGGUCAACAAAGUUUGGUCAUACCUAAUCAAAUUACAGACAGUAAACUAUAUGGGAAAGUGAAAAACAAAGAAAAGGUGGUGAAAAGCUCAUUUGUUUUAAAAUCAAAAGAAAAUGUUGACAUUCUUAAUGAAAAGUCAGAUGAAAGAAUUCUUUCCCCAUUAGUAGACUGUGACAUAAAAUCACUUGUAGUUUCUCCUGAGGAGGUUGGUAGUUUUACGGUUAAAGAUGUGGAUGUGUCAUCACUUGGAUGUCGUUCACCAUCAUUAAAUGUCAUCUGUGUUGUAUCUGCUGGAAAUGACAGUUCUGAGUUGCAACACGAAUUACCAGUAGUAGACAAAACAAGUUUUAAUAAAGUUAUAAUAAAAUUUAAUACAAGUGGAGAAAUACAAAUGCCAGUAGGCUGUGAUGCUUCCAGUUCUAGUUCACUAGGCUGUGAUGCUUCCAGUUGUAGUUCACUAGGCUGUGAUGCUUCCAGUUGUAGUUCACUAGGCUGUGAUGCUUCCAGUUCUAUCUCAGUAGGGUGUGAUGCUUCCAGUUCUAGCUCAGUAGGGUGUGAUGCUUCCAGUUCUAUCUCAGUAGGGUGUGAUGCUUCCAGUUCUAGCUCUCAAAGAAUUGUUCACACUGAAGAUAGUAGAGUAAAUGGUUCCCAGAAUAAUUUAGUUCCAAAUUGCAAGUCUGAAUCUUUAAAAUUGUUAUCAGCUAAGGAUAUUACCAGCGAGACUUUAAGUAUAUCUGAAAAACAAGAUCCCUGUAUUAUUUUGUCUAGUAAUGGCAAGUGUGCUAUAUCUACAUGCGAGAGUGGUGAUGACUCUCUUCUGUUAUUUAAAUUUUGUGAUAAUUCAUACAUUGGACUCUGUAGCCACCACACAUUUUCAGAUGACUAUAGCGAGUUCCAUAAGGAUGGAGAUUCUAGUCAGCAGUUAGGGGGAGUGGAUUUUAAUGUACAGUGUUUACAGAACAUACACUUUCAGACAGAAUAUGACACUAAAAAUAUAAACAGUAACACAAUUCCUAGUGGAAGCAGUGAUGUGUCUUUGUCAGAAGAUACCAGUAUUCCUUUUGCUCAGAGUCAAGCAUCAGAGAAACAAAUAGAACUGGUAGCAUUACCCCAUCAUAAUGAAAAUGGCAUCAUGGACAACGAUUUAACCAUUCAGCAGUCACCAAACUUAGUCAGUACUGUUGCACUUUUUCCUUCAGCUCCAGUUGACCAAAUAAAAUCUAACUCGGGUGAAGUUUGUUCAACUGAGGAAUUCUCAUCAAUAAUGGAAUUAGAUUCUGGGGCUCCUAGUCUGUCAGGUCACAUUGUUGACGAUUCAUUUAGUUUGGCCCAGUUGGAAGUCCUAUGUCCAUUAUGUGAUGAACAGUUUUUCUGUAUGGAUGAUUAUAUAACUCACUUGGAAUGCUGUCACAACUGAAAAAGUGAGUUAUGAUAAAGAGAGUAAGUGUAGGUGUGCUCACCUCUCAGUGUGCCACUUGCCAGAUUCAUUCUCCUAGCCUCAUAGGCCCUAUUGUACCUAUUCUUAAAACUAUGUAUGGAGUUUGCCUCCACCACUUCUUCAUGGAGAUCAUUCCACUUCUUGACAACCCUGAGACUUGAGAAAUACUUUCUGAUGUCCUUGUGACUCACCUGUGUCCCUGAGUACCUGUUUCCAAUCUCACAAACAGCCUGUUCCUUUCUGCCCUAUCAAUUUCUCUGAGCAUUUUGUAUAUAGUUACCAUGUCUUCCCUGGCCCUUCUGUCUUCCAGGGUCAUUAGAUUCAGUUCCUUGAGCCUUUCUUUGUAGCUCAUAUCCCUUAGUGCUAGAACUAGUCUCUGCAUACUUCUGCAAUUUCUAGUUUCUUAACAUGCUGCCUUAGGUGUGGGUUCCAUUUGGGUGUUGCAUACUCCAAGAUUGGCCUGAUAUAUGUUGUAUAGCACACCAAAACUGACUUUGAGAUUCCCUAAGGCCACACUUGCCAGAUAAGCAUUGGUUACAAAGAUUAUUUGGUUGAUACGAGCCUCUGGUGAUAUAGUAGGCAUUAUGCUGACUCCCAGGUCUUCUUUGAACGUGGUCUGCAGCCUUUGCUCCUCACCUCCUUUUCCAGUCUUCUGGUCCUUUCCCCAAUCUUCAUAAUCUUGUAUUUGCAGAGGCUGAAUUCAAGCAACCACUUAUCUGACCAACCUUGCAGUUUAUUCAGAUCUGUUUGCAGCCUUUCCAUGUUCCCACCCUGUAUACUACACUUAUGUAAUAUGUGAAAUUUUUCAUUAUAAAAGUAAACCCUCUAUGUAAAAAAAACACGAGGCAAAAUCCAGAGUUGAUUUGAAAACAAUGAACAAAGUUCAAUGAUGACAGGAUUGUCAAUGGUUAUAAUCAUGGCAAAACAUUUUGUCCUCUGGCAGCCACAAUCAUCCUUACCAGCCACCAACUUCAUCCCCAUUAGUCUGUUGAUUUUGGGUUUAACCUUCUUAUAAUUUUACAUGUAUAAUAUGCAAACUAGUCAAUGCAUAGAUUUUAAACAUGGUAUCUGACUCGGGCAGUACUGGUCAAAGUAUAGUACAGUGGACCCCCGGUUAACGAUAUUUCUUCACUCCAGAAGUAUGUUCAGGUGCCAGUACUGACUGAAUUUGUUCCCAUAAGAAAUAUUGUGAAGUAGAUUAGUCCAUUUCAGACCCCCAAACAUACACGUACAAACGCACUUACAUAAAUACACUUACAUAAUUGGUCACAUUCGGAGGUAAUCGUUAUGUGGGGGUCCACUGUAUACUGCCACCCUUUGUGCAUUCAGGUACUAUGGUACCCGAUUUACAUUUUGAUCCUGUUUCCAUAUUUCACUAAAUGUCUAACUAUUGCACUGGCGCAGGAAGAAUAUUUCCUCUCCCACUUGCCUCGGGCUUCCAUUGUUUUAUGCUAGACCUAGCAUUGCUGGUGCUAGCACCCACCCCCACCCACAGUGCCAGUUGUUUUGUACCAUACUAUUUCUCACUACUGUGUUAUUUCAGUUCUGAUCUUUUCAUUGUCCCAUCCUGAGUCUGGAUAGUAAUAAUGGCAACAAUAAGGAGAUCUAGUGUUGAAAACAGUGUCAAGAAGUUUAACCCCUUAAACAUGAAAUUAUGCCUCUAAUGAAGAAAUUGAAAGUGAUAAGGGAUGCUCAUAGGUGGUGAAUGUGUGAUGGAGGCAGUGCAUGCCUUUGGUGUAAGACAAUCAAGUAUUUGUUCAGUUUGAGAGAAUAGGAGGUUACCUUUGAUAUACCCUUGAAGAGUUUCAAGAGUUUUUCUAUUCCCAGAGCCUAGCCUGGGUCAGGCUUGUGUAAUGAGUAACCCAUGACUAUGACCUACAGCUGAUGAUGCCUUACUGUCAGCUGUAGAAAGUACUGUAGGGCAAUGCACAAGAGACAGCAGAACACCUGAGGGGCUCCAGUAACAACUCUGUCAUCUUCUGCCCAUAAAUCCCAGUCAUCCACCUAGUCCCAAGAUCCCAUUCCAUCUUCGUCAGCCCCAGUAACCCUCUCCUCUUACAUCAGAACCAUUCUGCAUCAACAUCCACAAUUUAGAGUACAGUACACCAUUAACAAACUUUAUUGGGUUAAGUUAACUAUGUACUGUACACAAUUUUAAAUGUGCUCAUAACAUUUGUGUGCCCUCAAGACCACUGUAAAAUAAUGAUUUCAUGUUAGGUAAAUUAAGAAUUUUAAAAAAUACUAGUUUGGCUUUUUUCAAGGUGUCCAGAAUGUAACUUAGUUUUCCUAAGAACUGCUCACUCCACAUAGCGUGUUUUCGUGUAUAACUCCAAUUUCGGGAAUGUAACGUGUGAAAGGUGAGCAGUGUAUUGUAUUGGUACAGUACCGUAAAUUUAUAUUUCAAUCAUUGACACUAAAGUACAGAACUAAUUAUAAAAAAUUAUGAUCAGAUUUGAUGACUAGAUUAUUAUAUACAGAGCUUGGAGAAUGGACUGUAAUCAGGUUUGAUCCAAGGAAAAUGCAGUUCUAGUUCUUUGAUUAAAAGCCCUUCACCAUCGUUAAGGCAAGGGAACCAGUUAGCUAGAUUUGAGUCCUGGAAAUGGGAAAUACAAUGCCUGCACUUUAAAGGCGUUUGGGAUAUUUGCUGUGAUAUCUGAACUGUCAUAUCUGUGUGCCUCUGCAAAGACAGUGAUUGCGUGAAUGAUGGUGAAAGUUUCUUUUCCGAGCCACCCUGCCUCGGUAAGAGACAGCUGGCAUAUUGAAAAAAAAAAAUGUGCAGACAAUGUUCUAUUUAUAUGGUUUACACGAAAAUAAAGUAUCUUCAGAAAACGACUUACAAAUGUUCCAUUCUUAUUAGCUUAAAAAACGAGUAAUGAAAGGUACAAAAUUCACAAAUGUCACUCAAGUCAUAAUGUUUAUCCUUCUCCCAAUAACAGUUCUUUUACACACCUAGUGGGGAAGGAGUGGAAUUACAGGCUGUUGUGGUCGUGCUGAGAAGACUUCGCUUCCCUUGGAAUGGUAUGACACAGACCAAACUAAGCACAAUACUGCCAUGUGCAUCUGCUGUGUACAGUGACCUGUAUACUCUGUUUCUCCUUGCCUGAUAGUUAAGCCUACUUGUGGCACUGUUGCCCUCAAGUGGAUAAGUUUGUGAGGGAAUGGAGGUCAAAUUAAGGUUCAACAUUGAAGAUUGAGACACUUAUGCAGCAUAUGGAAAUCUUUAUUCCUGAAUAAAGAUUUCCAUAUGCUGCAUAAGUGUCUCAAUCUUCAACUUGUCGGUUUUUCAAACCAUUCAUCACAA